CAAUACUAUGAAGUACCCAUAGCAAUGAAGUCUGUGUUUGAUUUAAUCGACACCUUCCAGUCACGAAUUAAAGACAUGGAAAGACAGAAAAAAGAGGGCAUUGUCUGCAAAGAAGAUAAGAAGCAAUCCCUUGAGAGUUUCUUAUCCAGGUUCCGAUGGAGAAGGCGGCUGGUGGUGAUCUCUGCUCCCAGUGAUGAGGACUGGGCUUAUUCCCAGCAGCUUGCUGCUCUUAGUGGACAAGCCUGCAAUUUUGGUCUGCGCCAUAUAACUAUCCUCAAAUUGCUAGGAGUUGGAGAAGAUAUUGGUGGUGUUUUAGAGUUGUAUCCAAUUAAUGGAAGCUCUACUGUAGACCGAGAAGAUAUCCCAGCUAAUUUGGUGAAAGACAUUCGAAAUUAUUUCCAAAUUAGCCCAGAAUAUUUCUCCAUGCUUCUAGUUGGGAAAGAUGGAAACGUCAAAUCCUGGUAUCCUUCUCCAAUGUGGUCUAUGGCGAUUGUAUAUGAUCUGAUUGAUUCCAUGCAGCUUCGGCGACAGGAAAUGACAAUUCAGCAAUCGCUCGGCAUGCAGUGCCCAGAUGAUGAGUAUGGUGGGUAUGGUUACCAUAGCUAUCACCAGGGAUACCAGGAAGGUUACCAAGAUGACUACCGUCACCACGGAAGUUACCACCAUGGAUAUCCGUACUGAAAAGAGCAACUUAGCCUCCGACUGCCCUGCGUCUGUCUUCUAAUAGCUAUCCAAGCAAUAGGUGGCCAGUUGCAGAAAGUCUUCCCAGGCCACCUAGAUAUCCAUGCCUCCUUCUUCUACUGUUCAAUCAAGGGACUUUGAUCAUUUGCCUUCUCAAAAAAACAGAAGCCUUUACAAUGAAGCAAUUCAAACCAGUAGUAUUGAAGCUUUAAACAAUAAAGACUCCUUUAUGUUUUUAAACCUUUAUAAACAAAGGGCAUCAGCAGGUGCUGUUUGUAUUAAAACCAAACGAAAAAACCCCACAGUCACAGUCCAUGGACACUACUGUAGGGCAGGACAUGAACUGUCCAACAAAUAUUGCAAUGCUUUUUUUAAGGUUUUUUUUUUUCUACUAAGGAGA